AUGAAAACAAUGAAAAUAACGAAAUUGCAACUUGGAAAAUAUGCCAAUCAACAAUCCUUUUGUUUAUAUUUAUUCCCCUCUUCACCUUCAUCGGUAGUAUCCUCACCAAAACAACAAAAGUAUGGUCAAAACACCUCCUCAAGAGCAUUAUCAACUACAACUACACCUACAACCAUUUACCAACCUUUUUAUAAAUUAAGAGAUAUUGAUAUUAUCUUUUUUGAGUCUUCGGUUGGUCAUAUAUCAAAUUCAGGAAAAAUACCACAAAUUUAUUUCGACACACCUGGUUAUUGUUUCUAUGAACGUUCAUCGGGGGAAAUGUUUUUGGCAGCUUGUGCUCUCAGUGAAACUGCAUCCAGAUUAGGAAAUCAUUUAUUAGUUGAAUUUUGUAAAUUAGGCAAACCUGAAAUAUUAUCAGGAAUGGCUGAUCGACUGCUAGAUAAUGUUCCAAUCUCUCGCGUCCUUCCCAUCGAAGACGAAUCUGAGCUUCUAACAAUUACCGAUCCAAAUUCUAUCAAUCAAAAUCAUGCCAGUGUUAAUCAAAAGGCACCGAUCAGAGCAAAUACCCCCACCACUAAUAUUGGCGCUAAUUUAAAUUAUAGUUCUAUCAAAAGAAAUUUAAGUCCUCCAAUUUCUGGAAGAAAAAGAAUGUCUGUUGAAGCACAAGUACCUUCUCCAACUUAUUUUGGAACUGAAAAUUCCAAUCCCUCUUCUCCAAACUAUUCUCCUCAUUUACUUCAUUCGCCAUCAUCUCCUUCUCCCAUAACUAAUGAAAUGAUAGAUGAUGAUGUAAGAAUGAGAAAAAGAAGACGUGUAGCAGUAACAGCAAUAGGUUCUAAUAAUAUUAAAGUGACUAAUAAUCCUGAGUCAAAAAGAAGCUCACGUAGUAAAAGUAAUCGUAAUUCAAGAAAUCUUAGUGUAAUUGCCCCUCCUUACGUUGAACCAUCCAAUUUUGCAUCGUCAGCUCCACCCCAUAUAGGUUCUAUUCGUGGCCUAAAUUCUGCCGGUAUUACAAAAAAAACACCUUUAACUGCACCGAUAAUCUCAUUCAACAAGUCAUCAUCGAUUACAAAUACGACAACGACAAGAAACAAUGUUUCUGGAUAUUCAUUAGUUGCAAACAUUAAUGGCCUUAUUUCUCCUCAAAAUAUUGAUGACAUUUCUCCUUCAUCAAGUAGAUCAGAUACUCCAAGGACAGCAACUUCUAGUUCCUUUUCCUCUUCUAGCACGACUGAUUCUCAUUCCUUGAAGUCGACGCUUGAAGAACAAAUUAAUAAGACAACUGCUUUACUUCAAACUCUUCAAGCAUCUGGUUCUAUGAUUGAAGGUUUAGUUCGUGGUCAUUUUCAUGAAUUACAAAGAGAAGUUAUUAAGGAUUUGAUGGCAUUGGAAAAAAGAAUAACUAGAGUAGAAGAAUGCAUGAAGCAAAAUUCGGUUGUUUCCGGAAUGAAUCCAAGUCCACCACUUGAUCCUGAACGAAGGCUUAGCGAUAUUACUAAAGAUUAUGAAGAUUUAUUAAGUACUUUAAAAGCUAGACUAGAAUCUUUAGAAAGAAGAAUGUCCGUUUCAUAA